AUGUCGAAUUUCUUCCCCGGCAGCAGCGUCGGUCCCGGCAGCAGCAAGGACAAGGCGCCGCUGGCUGGUGACGCCGCGCCUCGCCCUGUGACACCAACCAUGAACAACAUCAACAGCUUCGUCAACCCUCUCAACACGCCUCUCGGGAGCCCUAGCAAAAGGACGAUCCCGCCUGGCGCUCACGACCUCCCCACAGUUUUCGACACCGCUAUGAACUUGAAUUCCCCGGGCAUCGAAGCUCCCGUGAGGCUGUCACGCCCGCAAAGCGUAGUCGCCGCACACAGCGUGCACAAGGGAAGAGCAUCACCUGCCACGCCCAGGAGACGGCAAGGCCAGGAGAAUGCGCAGCCUGUGUCUCGUCUCGCCGCUCACGACCAGGAGCGACAGCCCCACCACAGCCAUGCCGCACUCUCUCGCCAGCAGCCCUACGAGACUAAGGAUCGUCCCAUCAUCGCUAAGAGGUUUAACACGGCUCGCGGCUUGACGGCGGAGGAGCGCGAGAUUCUGCAGAGACCCAAUGUGCGCCGCAUGGUCAAUGUUACUCAGCUAUAUUUCCUGGAUUAUUACUUUGACCUACUUACGUAUGUCGGCGCGAGGCAGAAGAGGUUGGCCGCCUUCAAGACCGAGGUCCCGGCCCCUCCCGCGACUGACGAAGAAACCUACCGACAGCUGUGGUCCAAGUACACCGGUCGAGAGCGAGCCAACCUUCGCAAGCGGCGCAUCCGACUAAAGCAGGGCGACUUCCAGAUUCUGACCCAGGUUGGCCAGGGCGGCUAUGGCCAGGUCUUCCUCGCACAGAAGAAGGACACGCGGGAGGUGUGCGCCCUCAAGGUCAUGAGCAAAAAGUUGCUCUUCAAGCUGGACGAGGUCCGGCACGUCUUGACGGAGCGUGACAUUUUGACAACAGCCCAGAGCGACUGGCUCGUCCGACUCCUGUACUCAUUCCAGGACGACAAGAAUAUCUAUCUUGCCAUGGAAUACGUGCCGGGUGGCGAUUUCCGCACCCUUCUUAACAACACGGGGGUGCUCUCCAACCGACAUGCGCGGUUCUACAUUGCCGAAAUGUUCUGCGCUGUCGACGCCCUCCAUCAGCUGGGUUACAUCCACCGAGACCUGAAGCCCGAGAACUUCCUCGUCGACUCCACCGGCCAUGUCAAGCUGACCGACUUUGGCCUGGCUGCCGGCGUCCUUGCUCCGUCCAAGAUCGAGUCCAUGCGACUUAAGCUGGAACAGGCCUCAGAGACGCCGGUGCCGUUUGGCAAGCCGAUCGGACAACGGACCGUGGCCGAGCGCCGCGAGAGCUACCGGACGAUGCGCGAAAACGACGUCAACUACGCAAAAUCCAUUGUCGGCUCGCCCGACUACAUGGCGCCCGAGGUCCUCAGGGGCGAGGAGUACGACUACACUGUAGAUUACUGGAGUCUGGGCUGCAUGUUGUUUGAGGCGCUCACCGGCUUUCCCCCCUUUGCCGGCGCAACCCCCGACGAGACAUGGCGCAAUCUCAAGCACUGGAAAGAUGUGCUCAAGAGGCCCGUCUGGGAAGAUCCUACCUACUUCCUGAGCAACCGGACUUGGAGUUUUAUCACGACGUGCAUCAAUUCGCGGGCCAAACGCUUCUCCGUCAUCAAGGAUAUCUAUGCCCACCAGUACUUUUCCGAGGUAGACUGGCCGACUCUUCGGCAGACGCGGGCGCCCUUUGUGCCGGAGCUGGACUCGGAAACGGACGCUGGCUACUUUGACGACUUUGGCAACGACGCCGACAUGGCCAAGUACAAGGAAGUACACGACAAGCAGGCGGCGCUCGAGUCCAUGGCCGAGCGUGAGGAAGAGAUGAGCAAGAGCCUCUUCGUCGGCUUCACGUUCCGGCACCGCAAGCCCGCCACCGAAGACGGCGUCAGCCCGCGGAAGCGCAUCCCCACUGAUGACUCGUUUGGAACCAUGUUUUAG